AUGAAGGAAAUUCGUAUCAACAUACCUCUCAUCGAAGCACUCCAACAAAUGCCAAAGUGGGUGAAGUUUGUCAAAGAACUCGUAACCAAGGGACGGAAAUUGCAAGGAAACGAGAUGAUUCAACUCACCGAACAGUGUAGUGCAAUCCUUACGAGACCUCUCCCUCAAAAACUCGGCGACCCAGGUGAAAUAGAACCAACGGCCAUAACACUCCAAUUAGCCGAUAGGUCUCUAGUCUACCCCAAGGGGGUUUUAGAAGAUGUCUUAGUGAAGGUUGACGAAUUUAUUCUUCCUGCUGAUUUUGUGAUUCUUGAUAUGGAUGAAGAUAGAGAAAUCCCAAUUAUUUUGGGAAGGCCGUUUUUAGCUACUUCACGUACUGUUAUUGAUUGGUCUAGUGGGGAUCUCACCAUGACGGUGCAUGACCAAACUAUUAAAUUUAACGUUUUUAAUGCAAUUAAGCGUCUGCACAACUCUAAUGAGUGUUUUUCUAUCGAUUUAGUGGAGUCUUGUUCUUCCGAAAAUUUUGAUUCGUUACACUUGGAUUCUUUGGAGGCAUCUUUGGUUGUAGGUAACGAUUGUGGAGAUGAAAGAGUGGAGGAGCAAAUUUGUUGGUUAGAUUCCGGCAACUUUCUCACUCGGCAAAAGUUUGAAAGUUUGGAUUUGGCCACCCUUACCACCCCCAAGGCAUUCAAAACAUCAUUGGAGGAACCACCACAGCUUGAGAUGAAAGAAUUACCCGCACACCUCAAAUAUGCCUACCUCGGUAAGAAUGAUACUUUGCCGGUAAUUAUCUCACAAUCUCUAUCUACUUUGCAGGAACAAAGGCUUUUGGAAGUACUGCGGGAACACAAGAUGGCGCUUGGAUGGAAAAUUGCGGAUAUCAAGGGAAUUAGCCCUUCAUUGUGUAUGCACAAAAUCCUCUUGGAUGAUCAACAACAUCCGUCAGUAGAGCAGCAAAGGCGUCUCAACCCCAUCAUGAAAGAGGUAGUCAAUAAGGAAAUUCUCAAGUGGCUCGACGCAGGUAUUAUUUAUCCGAUUUCUUAUAGCGCAUGGGUAAGCCCCGUUCAAUGUAUUCCUAAGAAAGGAGGUAUGACAGUUAUCCGUAAUGCAAAUAAUGAAUUAAUUCCAUCUAGAACAACAACGGGUUGGCGAAUUUGCAUGGACUAUAAGAAAUUAAAUAAAGCCACUAAAAAAGAUCACUUUCCUUUACCUUUUAUUGAUCAAGUGCUUGAUAGAUUGGCAGGUAAAGAAUUUUAUUGUUUUUUAGAUGGAUAUUCGGGAUAUAAUCAAAUAGCCAUUGCACCGGAUGAUCAACACAAAACCACAUGUACAUGCCCUUAUGGUACUUUUGCAUUUAGACGCAUGCCUUUUGGUUUAUGUAAUGCACCUGCUACUUUUCAGCGGUGCAUGAUGGCUAUUUUCACCGAUAUGGUAGAGAACGGUUUAGAAGUAUUUAUGGAUGACUUCUCUAUUUUCGGUGAUACUUUUGACACUUGUCUUUGCAUGUUGGCUAAGGUUUUGCGCAGGUGUGAAGAAACCAACUUGGUGCUCAAUUGGGAGAAGUGCCACUUCAUGGUGCACGAAGGAAUUGUGCUUGGGCAUAAAAUCUCGCGAGAAGGCUUGGAAGUGGACAAAGCAAAGAUUUCCACAAUUGAAAAUCUUCCGCCACCCAUUUCGGUCAAAGGCAUUAGGAGUUUUCUUGGACAUGCGGGCUUUUAUCGGCGUUUUAUCAAAGAUUUUUCAAAAGUUGCCAAGCCCCUUUGUAACCUACUCGAGAAGGAGACAAAAUUCAAUUUUGAUGGUGAGUUUCUUCAAGCUUUCAACGAGCUUAAGCAAAGGUUAGUAUCCGCUCCUAUUAUUUGCGUACCGAAUUGGGAUGAACCGUUUGAGCUUAUGUGCGAUGCUAUUUGCGAAUUUGAUAUUGAAAUUCGUGAUCGAAAGGGUAGCGAAAAUCAAGCCGAUCAUCUAUCUCGACUUGAGAAAGAUGUAGACGAAAGCGAUAGAAUUUGCAUUAAUGAAAAUUUUCCUGAUGAACAGUUGCUUGCUUUUGAUAGUAAGCCUUUUCUUUUUAGACAAUGCAGUAAUUUGUUGGUGCGAAGAUGUGUCCCGGAACAUGAGCAGCAAGACAUACUCUUUCAUUGCCAUGGUUCGGAUUAUGGAGGACAUUAUGGGGGCGAAAGAACAACACGUAAGGUUCUUCAAUCAGGUUUUUUUUGGCCCACUCUUUUUAAAGAUUCGUAUAAAUUUGCUAUUACUUGUGAUCGGUGCCAACGCACGGGCAAUAUUUCAGCUCGCCAUGAACUCCCAUUGAACACGAUGAUCGAAGUCGAGCCUUUUGAUGUUUGGGGUAUUGACUUUAUGGGACCUUUUGUCCCUUCAUUCAAUAACCAAUACAUCUUAGUGGCCGUCGAUUACGUUACUAAGUGGGUAGAGGCAAUAGCCACCCCUACUAAUGAUGCAUCUGUAGUGUGUGCUUUCUUGAAGAAACAGAUUUUCACUAGGUUUGGAGCACCACGGGCAAUUAUUAGUGAUGGUGGAUCGCAUUUCGUCAAUAAAAAAAUUGACAACUUGAUGGGCAUAUAUGGUGUAAAGCACAAGGUUGCACUCGCGUAUCAUCCACAAACGAAUCGGCAAGCCGAAGUUACGAACCGCGAAAUCAAGAAUAUCUUGGAAAAAGUGGUAGGCCCAACAAGAAAGGAUUGGUCGAAAAAACUCGAUGAUGCACUAUGGGCAUAUCGCACAGCUUUUAAAACGCCAUUGGGAAUGACCCCUUACCGUGCGGUGUUCGGUAAAGCAUGCCACUUACCAUUGGAAUUGGAGCAUUGUUCUUAUUGGGAGCUAAAAAAGAUGAAUUUCGAUUACAAAGAAUGCAAGGAAAGAAGGUUAUUGCAACUCAACGAGUUGGACGAGUUACGAGAGCAAGCGUACGAGAGCAAUUGGUUAUACAAAGACAAAGUCAAAAGGUGGCACGACAACAACAUCUUGCACCGUCAAUUUCAAAAAGGGCAAGAAGUUCUCUUGUUCAAUUCACGGCUUCGGUUAUUUCCGGGAAAGCUUAAAUCAAGAUGGUCGGGGCCGUUCAUCGUCCAACAAGUCUUUCCACAUGGAGCUAUAGAAAUCAAGGACCGUGAAUCGGAACGAGUAUUCAAAGGAGGCCAGAGAAUCGAACCAACUUCUUCAAAAUCUCAUCUUUCAAGGCACGCCCACAAGGUGUUCGACAAAUUGCCUCAACCAAAUUUGGAGGUCGAUUCUCAUCCAAUUCUUACCGAAUCCAUUCCAAAUCUUCUCCCAAAUAUGUCGUCCCACAAACGAGGUCGCACGGAUGAAGCUUCAUCUUCCAAAGGCAAAGGCAAAGGCAAGAAAGGUGCCACCAAAACGACGAUUCCUUUUCCCGCAAAAGAAGCCUUUAGUGUGGAAGGCGCCGCGGCUCUAUUUACUAAACAAGGCAAAAAGACCGUCAUCACGGAACGGGCCUUGACAAUCACGUUGCCGCACUUUGCCAAUCUUAACCAAGAAAUCAUAAGACGAGGAUGGCAAAGGCUGUGUGAACCAGAGUCAAUUUACAACAUAUCAAUCGUACGAGAGUUUUAUGCGAACACGUUGGUACUCAAGCAUCCACGAGAAUUCACUAGUGUGGUACGAAAAAUUCACAUUAGUUGGGAGACGAAGGAUAUAAAUCAAUAUUACGGGCUCCUGUAUUUGGGUCAAGAUUGGCGAGAAAUGAGCAACGAAGUCACCAAAGAGCAAAUUGGUGAAGUGUUGAGUGACGGACAUCCAAGAUGGAUCGAAUACCCGGACAAAGGGACGUAUGAGCUCAGUUGGAAAAGCAUCAAUUAUGAAGGCAAGGUGUGGUUGACGUUUAUUUGCGCCAACAUAAUCCCGACCACCUCGUUUAGUCGGAUCAACCACGAACGGUGUGCGCUCGCUUAUUACAUUAUAACGGGGAAGCCGGUCGACAUCGGGUCAAUUAUGUCCGAUCAAAUUUGGCUUUCCAUGCGCGACAAUACAAAGGGCAUCUUCUUCCCUAGCCUCGUCACGGGGUUGUGCACAAGAAAGAGGGUUCCCAAAUUACCAAAUGAUAUCGAGCUCAACAUCCGGAAGCCGAUUGCCGAUUUUGCAGCCUCGCUAUUCAAAGAAGCCACCUAUGACGAGCCGCAAGCCGCUCUUCAAGCCCGAGACGAGCCCGAAGCCUCAAGCUCCCGUGCCGAUCGACGAUUCUGA